UCUCCUGCUGCCUCCUUCGGCUCCUCCGUCAGCUCACUUCUAACCAUGGUUUCCAAGAUGUUCAUCAGUCUAUUGGCAGUAAUGGGAGUCGCACUUGCCUACCCAUCUGCCCCCUAUGCAUCCCACUAUCAACCAAAGCAGCCCUUAAUGCCUUAUGCCUUCGAGUAUGGCGUGGCCGACUACAGGGGCAACAACUUCAACCGCAAGGAACACUCCGACGGACAGAAGGUUCAGGGUUCCUACUCGGUCGACCUCCCUGACGGCCGUGUGCAGACUGUAAACUACCAUGCUGACGGACAGCACGGUUUUGUCGCUGACGUGCAGUACACCGGUCAGGCGCACCACCCACCCACACCCGUGCACGGUUCCUCCGGUUCAUACGGUUCUCACAAGUACUGAGCUACCAAACCGGAAGCUCCUGAUACCUUUAUACACUUGUUAUUCCUGUAGGCUUCGUAAGUUUGGAAAUAAAAUUUAAACAUAU